AUGGAUUAUUGUCCUAAUUUGCGAACUCUUUCACUGAAUGAUAAUGAAAUUGAAAUUGUACCAGCGCAGGUGGGAAACUGGGUUUAUUUAAAAAAUCUACACCUUCGUAACAACCGCAUUGCUUUACAACAACUAAAUCUGUCAAAUAAUCGUCUGACAGCGAUACCAAAGCAGAUUCUGAAAUUGAAUAGUUUACAAUUUAUUGAUUUAUCCCUAAAUCGAAUAACAGUUAUUCCAGAUGAAAUUGAAUGGUUGCAAGCAGAUGAAUUGAAUCUGAAUAAUAAUCAAAUUGUUCAAAUUUCUGAUCGAAUAUCAAGAUGUAAACGUUUGAAAACUUUACGUUUGAACAAUAACAAUUUACAGUUGAACACAAUGCCAGUUUCAUUACUCAGAGAUUCUGUUACUCUAUCUCUCCUCAGUUGCCUUGAAGGUAAUCGUUUCAGUGAAACACAAUUUCAGCAGUACGAUGGUUAUGAAGAGUAUGAAAAACGUUAUACGGCACAGCGACGAGAAAUGGAUUAA